AUGUACAACGUCACCGUACCAGAUACAAGUUGGAAUUCGCCAUACAGUCUCACUGCUCAAGUUAGUUUUAGAUUGAAUUUUUGACAGGUCUUGAGAUCUUGAAAUUCAGCGCUUGACAAUUUUAAAAGGUAGAUAUUUCCUUUAUCAGGCCGAGCCCAAACUGGCUAUUUUUCCAAUUUUGCGUUUGUUGAUUUUUGAAAAAAGCUUCAUGAAAAAUGGAUCUUUGGAAAAAAAAAAUUGAAUUAUUGACUGCCUGAAAAGUUCUGUUGGAUUUCUAAAUAAAAUUUUACAGAUUAUCGUUUGGAUAAUCAUUGUGAUCCUCAGCCUUGAAACUAUUAUCGGCAACGCUAUGGUGAUAUUAGCCUAUCGAAUUGAACGGAACAUCAGCAAACAGGUGAUUAUCUCUUUUUCCAGGAGAAUUCAACAUUUGUUUCCAACUUCAGGUCAGCAACCGAUACAUUGUGUCUCUCGCUAUCUCCGAUUUGAUAAUCGGCAUCGAAGGAUUUCCUCUCUUCACUGUGUACGUCUUGAAUGGUGAGGAGCACACCAAUUCAAAGCGGCGAAACGCGCUUGGUUACUAGCAGUCGAAUGGGAAAUUGAAUUAUUCUGUGAAAAGCAGUAAUCCGUAAAAGCCACGAUGGUGCGCACGUGGGCUAAGAUUUUUUGCCGCGUUUCUUCGUCACCCUCGAAAUUCGAUCUGGACGUCGGUAGAACGCAUGUAAACCGAGUGCCGGCAGGGCAGAGGAGCAGUCUUUUCCGGCGACGUCGCAGAUCUCUCUCAGUGAUUAGAAACCACUUUCGGGCCUCUUGAGCAUCGUCGACAGAGGGCAAACAUUGGAUUUCGUAUCGGAACGUCACUAAAUAGGUUCAGCUUGAAGUAGGACUGAACUUGACUGAACGACGCGUUCUUUUUUUUGGAGAGCUAGAGAAUUUCUCAACCUUGCUAGAUAUUUCGUAGAUCUUGGAAAAAAUCACCAUUGAAGCGUAUCCCUACAGUUUGGAUACGUGUACAGAAAUCUUCAGAGAAUUUUUGAAGAUGAUUCCUUUUUAAUUUUAACUGAACUCAGAGCGCGGAAAAAUUUCGAAUAGAAAAAAAAAUGUUUUUUUCCGUAAAAGUAUUGAAAUUUUCUCUAGGACACAUGAUUUACCAGGGUAAAAAAGACAGAAAAAUCAGGAAUAUUUCCAAGGUUCUAUUUAUAUUCGAAACUUGUUUGACAAAUAGGAUUCCAAAAAAUAAAUGAAGAAUAUGACAACCAAAAAAAUGUCAAAAAUAUUCUUCUGUCUGAACGACAAAAAAAAAUUAGAUUUGAGACUACUGCCUAUGAUGAAUUUCAACUGACUCAAGCCUCAAAUAAAAUAAUCUUAUUCUUUCAAUCAGAAAAGAUAAGUUAACAACGCUCAGGAGAACGGUGGCCACUUGGGUCUAUCGCUUGCGAAACGUGGCUUUUUCUGGACUACACCUUAUGUCUGGUGUCCAUUCUCACAGUUCUCCUGAUCACGGCCGAUCGAUAUUUAUCUGGUAAGAUUCCAAAGCAGAGAAUCCUUUCCAAUCGGUUUCUUUCAGUGUGCCACACGGCAAAGUACUUGAAAUGGCAAAGUCCAACAAAAACGCAACUUCUCAUAAUUCUUUCAUGGUUAAUUCCGGCCAUUAUUUUUGGGAUUAUGAUUUACGGAUGGCGCGCCAUGACGGGACAAUCGACAAGGUAAGCUCAAACAUUCAUCAUUUAAUUCCUGAAGAGAAUGAGGGGCUCCGAAAAUAAAUGAAGAUGUAAUGAAUUUGAAUUGUAGGGUCAGUUCAAGAAGAAGGUGGGUUACGGUGUGAAAUUCUUGCUCUAUCAAUUCAUUUUGCUUCUUCGCUUCACUGUCUUUGAUUUGCUGAACAUUCAAGCUUAA